CCUUCGGAAAACACUUGAGUAAAUUUACAGCUUUGUCACGCGAGCGUUAUGGCAACUGACGAAGCAGCGGAUCAAUCGGACUUGUCUUGCAUAGAGGAGAGUCUCAUGAGUCUAGAGAAAUUGGAUAGAGCAUCUCCUGAUUUAUGGCCUGAGCAGAUUCCAGGUGUACAUGAGUUUGUUGCUCAAAAUUCACCGCAGACAGAACCAUGUUUUUGGGCUGCGAUGUCGCAGGAUGACAUAAGCCAUGUGCAUCAACUGGGUAAUUUGUCAAUGACCGGGCUUAUCUCGGAAGUGAAAAGACUGCACGAUUUAGCUUAUCAACUGGGUCUAGAAGAGGCUAAGGAAAUGACACGCGGCAAAUAUUUGAAUAUAUUUAAACAUAAAUAAUACAUUUUAGAUUUGCAAAAAAUAAAACUCGUGAAAAUGCAAUACUACAAUCGGCAUUCUUAAAAAACGUUUCGAGACGUUUUUUAUAUUUUUCUAACUUUAAGAAUUUUCUAAAAUCCACUUUGUAUAUUUCUGUACAUUUACAAAUGCAGACGGAAAAAUGGUGCUUGAGUCACAACUAGACCCAAAUGAUAGGAUUCCAACCUGAUUAAAAAACAAAAAAUGGAAAACAUAAAUAUGUGAACUACGUCUGUAGUAUAUGUAAAUAUUUAUGUUGAUAACAUACCAGGAAAUACAUGUCCGCAUAUUUGUAUAACAGAGGACUACCGCUGUAACUUGAGCAAGGUUCACAGUUUCCUUUGGCGCAUAAUUCAACAGAUAGAGCUUGGCUUAUAUAGUCCGAGCACUGCUGCUUAGGUACGAGUUCUAGUUGUAAUGACUGUUGCGUCAAUGGUUGCGCUGGAUCACAGGGUUACAGCACUUGAACGUUACAUAAACACAGCUUACAGUUUAUGCUUUAUGAUAGUUUGUUCUAUUAAUACAAUACCUUUUUGACCUAACAAUUUUCCCCAGCCGACAACAGUGCAUGUACUUCCUAGGCUAACGUAUCUGUCUUCCGGUAUAAAGCAGAUUGGUUGAGCUGUGGCUGAAGAAGACCGAAUUGCUAUUUCCUCCCGUAUUGAGGCUGUGAUCAUCACAGUAUCUUCGACGUGUAUAUUUAAGAACUGUACAUACCUG